AUGCUUUAUUUCAAAAAGGCAGUCUGGUGGUGCUCCUCCACUUGAAAUAUGCUUUUGACUUGAGUUUCAACAAAGGUGAGAAGACUCUAGUCUUCCCUGCUAGAUUUAAGAUGAAGCAUCUGAAGAAAUUUACUUAGCCAUGGACUCUUUGCAGCUCCCUGCUUUGUGGUGGUUGUGCUUCAAUAACAGCCCUCGCCUUAUUUUUAUCAAUUUUCAGACCAUGUUCACACACAAGGUAACCAAAACAGUUACCAACAGAAACCAAAUGCACACUUCAAUGAAUUCAUUUUCAGAUUGUGCAUCCUCAUCCAUGGUCUCCUCACCCAUUCAAAGGCUAGCCUUAAAUAUAGACCUCCAUGAAACAACCAAUCAUAUCAUGAAAUUGAAGGACUAGAACGUCUUAAAAAACCUGGUGAAGUAUUAUGAGUGCUCAGAUACAUAAAGAAAAACGAAAAAAAAAAAAAUACAGAAAUUAUAAAGAACGAUGGUGUGCACCGGAAGGCCAACCAUACGUUUUUGACAUCCAUGGAAGCCAUUGAAUCUGCUACAAUAUCUACAAGUACUCAAUAGGGAAACCAAUGACGGGACUGAUCUCUGAUGCUAACGAGCGUAGCUCAUUGACCUCGUCACCAGUAAGUCUCCAUCCCAGUGCACCUGCAAAUUCCUUAGCUUGCUCGGCAUUUUUGGCUCCUGGGAUUGGCACAACAUUCUCUUGGGCUAUUAACCAGUUGAGAACCACCUAUAAAAGCAUCUCAAUUCUUGUAGAACCUUGGCACCACUAGCUUAACAUAAAUUAUGAUGCAUGCAUACAUGUAAUCUGAUGAAUGCCUGCUUCAAGUAUAUUAUCUAGAAACUGAAUCAAUGGUGUAUAAAACUUCUAAUAAGUACAAAUUGGGUAA